GAAGAGAAUACUGGUAAAGUUAAAUAUGAAGAUACAGAUCCAGAGCAACCAAAAAUAAGUACUACUUCCAAACUACUUCACCCAAUUAAAGAUUGUCCAAUGCGAUGGAAUUCUACAUAUCGAUCUUGGAAAAGAUUAUUAAAGCUAAAAGAUGCAAUAAUAUAG